AUGUAUCAUCUCGUCAAGUCUCUCUAUUUGCACGCCACGUCCAAGGAAGAGUACUCCAUCCUCCUGCUCGGGCUCGACAAUGCCGGCAAGACGACGCUCCUGGAGCAGAUCAAGAGCCUCUACAACGAAGAGCACCAGCCGAAUUUGAAGACAGUACCUACAGUGGGUCAAAAUGUCAGCUUGAUCGACCUUCCGGAGAUGUAUCUGAGGGUAUGGGAUGUCGGUGGUCAGCAUUCUUUGCGCGGGUUGUGGCAGUCGUACUACAGCAGCUGUCAUGCGAUUGUCUUUGUAAUCGACAGCUCGGACGUCGGCAACGCGGACAUCGAGCACCUGAGUAAGGAGAAUCGCAAAGAUGAAGACGAGGAAGGGAGACUGGAGGAAUGCCGGCUGGUGCUGGAGGACGUCCUGCAGAACGAACAGACGGAGGGAGUGCCAGUCUUGGUCCUUGCCAACAAGCAGGAUCGUGAGGACUGUGUAGAGGUUGUGAGGAUCAAGGAAGGGCUGGUAAGAAAGGUAUUCGAGGGUGAGAAAGGUCAGAACGUGCGAGACUCAAGAGUACUUCCAUUGAGUGCUCUUACCGGUACAGGCGUUAAGGAAGCUGUUGACUGGCUGAUUUCGAGAAUCAAGUGGAAUAAAGAAGGCCGACCGCCAGUCAUGAGGUGA